AUGUCCCUCUCCCCCCAAAAACAAAUCCAAAAUGGCGCCAUUGGCAUCCAACCCCCCUCCUCCCCCUCCGCCAUAGUCUUCAAAGACUACCUCUACAUCUUCUACAUCGGCGCCGGCGGCGACGGAAUCUGGUACACCUGGUCCUACUACUCGCUCCUCCGCGGCCGCCAAUUCACCGCCCCGAUCCAAGUCUCCGCCCGAGCAGGCACGCCCAUCCCCAUAGCGCCCGCCACGCGCCCCGUCCCCGUCGUCUUCAACAACACGCUGUACCUCUUCUUCACCGCUUUGGGCGAAAAGGGGUUUUCGCUCUCUCUGACGACGUCGAAGGAUGGGAGUCGCUGGACGCCCGCUGUGGACGUGAGUGGGGCGAUUCCUGGGGCGUUGCCGGUUAUGCCGGCCACCAACCCCGCCGCUACCGUGCAUAAGGGCCAUUUGUAUCUCUUCUGGUGUACGCCCAGCACGGCGCCGCCGGAUCGCAAUGUCAAUCGCUUGCAGUUCUCUGAGUUGGAGAAUGGGAAGUGGGUCGGCGCUAAUGAUGUCCCCGCGGUGAAUCUGGGCGUGAGGCCGUAUACGUCGCCGGCUGUGGUGGAUUUUAGGGGGCAGUUGCUCGUGUUUUAUGAUGGCAGUGGCGGGGAUGGGACGUGGGUGACUUCGUACAAUGGGGGGUAUGGGCGCCUGUGA